AUGGAACGGUGGCAAAAUAAAGUGGUUGUUGUAACAGGUGCGAGUGCUGGUAUUGGAGCAGUGAUUGCCGCGGAUUUAGUAAAAAAUGGUUUUAUUGUGGUCGCCCUAGCUCGACGCGAAGAACGCCUCCAGGAAAAUCACCGAGCACUCCCAGAAAAUCUGCAAUCCCGCUACUAUCCCAGGACAUGUGACGUUACCAAUGAAGAUCAGGUGAAGGAUACCUUCGCCUGGAUCGAAACCAAGUUCGGUGGGACUGAUGUUCUUGUUAACAAUGCCGGUAUGGGAGUUGUGGGUGUGGAGCUAUCAGCUGCAAAUAAUACUGAGCCUAUUCGAAAUAUUCUGGAGACAAAUAUCAUGGGCGUCGUCUAUUGUGUGCGGGAGGCGUUCAAUUCAAUGAAAAACCGAAACUUUGAUGGACACGUUGUGAUUAUAAAUAGCAUAACUGGGCAUUAUGUUCCCAUUGUGCCUUUUGGCCCGUUGAAUAUGUAUCCCCCUUCUAAAUUCGCAGUGACGGCAAUGGUUGAAACCUAUCGACAAGAAUUUGCAAAUGCUGGAACCAAGGUGAAAGUUACGAGCAUUAGCCCUGGAUUUGUAUUGACCGAAAUAAUGCCGAAAAUGGAAGCUUUUAGAGCCGCAGGUAAUCCACUUCUGAACGCUGAGGAUGUAUCGAAUGCUGUAUUAUAUGUGUUGAGCACACCACCUCAUGUCCAGGUUCAUGAAUUGACGAUAAGACCUGUUGGAGAGAAAAUGUGACCAAAUAAUGCGUUCGAGUGCAUGGACUACAGCGAACGUCUUUAUCAUAUUGCCCUGCAACUGCUUUACAUCUCUUGUGAACAUUUUUCCAU